AUGAUGCGCCUGCUACUCGCCAUCUGCCUGCUAACGGUCUAUACCCAAGGGAGUCAGAUUCCUGUGCCUCCCAUAUUCUCUCCGUGCAACUUCCCAUCUCCGAUCACCGAGCCAAGUUUUCACCGAUCCGUCUGUUACACCAUCCCACGACUCCCCUUUGUUUGUGACCUCCAUCAUCAACUAGCCUACACAAAUGUCCAUGGAAUCGAGAAGGCGUAUAAUAAAUAUCGCUCUUUGUUCACCAAUGGCAACGCGUCGACGCUAGCCGUGAUAAUCACUAAACAACUUGAGCAGCCGGCUUCUGCAAAUGAUGUCAUGAAGAAAUCCGAGUACGCGUGCAUUUUCGAUAAUGAAUGCGACCAGAUUGAUGGGGACAUGAUUACUGGCAUUGUCGGAAACGUGCGAAAGUUCUUGAAGCUCGUUGUUAUCGAUGGAGUCGUCAACGACGCCAGAAAAAUCCCAUACGUCAGACUUCACACAGGUUCUCCACGUCUUCGAGUCCUACUGCCAAAUAUACAAAGCGAGGUGAACAAUGCGUUGGUGCAAGGUUGGCCACUAGCAAAAGUGAUUGAAGAUUUGGUGGAUGAUGUGGGGUACGCACUGAAGGAGUACUACGAAUUGAACGGAGAGCAGAGAGAUCAUUCAGUGCCAUUAUGGGCCAGAAACCUAUUUCUGAUCUGCUUGGCACUUGUUGUAACAGCACUUCUUGUUGAGUGGUAUGUGGUGAGAAGGAAGAUUGGAGUGCAGAAGAGUGGAUCCAUCAAGAUUGCAUCCGGAAAGAGCAAAACACAUCUGAUGUUCUAA